AUGGCGGGGAAGAGGGAGAGUGCAGAUCAAAGGGGCCAGCUGGUGCUGGUGUUUGCUACCUUAAACUCAAGGGAGGCAGCAGAGACUGUAUUAAAUGUCAUUCGCUCUCCAGAAACCCGCAAACAAAGCAAUAUGAGUAUCACCAUAGUUCAUUUAUACAGCCUGUACAUGCUCCACAGGGAGUGGCUUGCUUACCCUCACUCCCUGAAAGCCGCACUAAUCAUCCAGAACUGGUACCGAGGGUACAGUGCUCGGCUGAAGAUCAGACAACGCUACGCACUCACCAUCUUCCAGUCCAUCGAAUAUGCUGAUGAACAAUGCCAAUUACAGCUAUGCAACUUCUUUUCCUUCAUGUUGGAAAACUAUUCACGUUUACGAGAGAGUAAUCUAGGGAUAAUUAGUCGACUUUUUGGAACCUUCAAGCAGAACAGGGGUCGAGAUGAGUUUGUGGAGUUUAUUGAAAUACCACCAUCCUAUAAUGGUCCUCGACUACAAUUUCCUCUUACUUUUAAUGAUCUUGACUUACUUCUUGAAGGCUUCAAGGAACAAAAGAUACUUCAUGCUUAUUAUGUCUUAUCCGUGCUGUUUGAAACCAAGAAAGUGCUGAAGCAAAUGCCAAAUUUCUCUCAUAUAAAAACUUUACCCUCCAAAGACAUAACCAUCUGUGGUGAUUUGCAUGGAAAACUUGAUGAUCUUUUUUUGAUCUUCUAUAAGAAUGGUCUCCCUUCUGGAAACAACCAGUAUGUUUUUAAUGGUGACUUUGUAGAUCGAGGAAGGAAUUCCAUGGAGGUCCUUAUGAUCCUGUUUGUGAGUUUUCUUGUAUACCCCAAUGCCGUGCACCUGAACAGAGGGAACCAUGAAGAUUUUAUGAUGAAUAUGAGGUAUGGCUUCACAAAAGAGGUUCUGUAUAAGUACCAGAUGCAUGGGAAAAAAAUUCUAGAAACACUGGAAGAUGUCUAUUCCUGGCUCCCAAUUGGCUCCAUCAUUGACAAUGAAAUUCUGGUCAUACAUGGUGGAAUAUCAGAGUCUACAGACUUGAAUUUACUUCACCAGUUACAAAGAAGCAAAAUGAAAUCUGUGUUGAUACCACCAGUUUCACUAACUAAAGACUGUACAGAUUUAAGGGGAAUUGAAGGAGGUUCCUCCUUUCCAAAUCAAGAUGUAAGUGAAGGCGAGGUCUUAGCUGAACAGCUAACAAGGCGUGGAUGGGAACAGAUCGUCGAGAUUCUAUGGAGUGAUCCCAGAGACAAAAGAGGCUGUUACCCCAACACAAGCAGAGGAGGAGGCUGCUAUUUUGGACCGGAUAUUUCCUCCAAGAUUCUCAGUAAAUUCCAGUUGAAGAUGCUCAUUCGAUCACAUGAAUGUAAGCCUGAAGGGUAUGAAAUCUGCCAUGAAGGGAAGGUUAUUACUGUAUUUUCGGCCUCUAAUUACUAUGAAGAAGGCAGCAAUCGGGGAGCCUACAUCAGAUUGAGUGCUGGUUUGGCCCCUCGAUUUAUCCAAUACCAAGUAACUAAGUCAACGAUUGCAAGACCGCUUUACCAAAGGGUGAAUAUUAUUGAAAGUAGUGCUGUGAGGAUACUAAAGGAGAGAAUGAUUUCACGAAAAACUGACCUCAUUCAUGCAUUUGAACUUCAGGACCGCUAUAAAUCAGGUAAAGUUACCUUGAGCCAGUGGGCUUUUUCUUUGGAGAAUGUUUUGGGAUUGGACCUGCCUUGGAGAUCCCUGUGUACACAUCUGGUGAAAACAGAUGAAAAUGGAGAUAUUGAGUACAUGUCCACCUUUGACGAUGUCCACAUUCAGAAUCCCAUGAAAGAGGUUCAGUCUUGCUUAAUUGAGACUCUGUACAGGUACAGACCUGACUUGCAAAUCAUCUUUAAUGUCAUGGACUCUGACAAUUCAGGCCUGAUAUCCAUAGACGAAUUCCGUGCCACCUGGAAACUAUUCAACAGUCACUAUAUUACUCACAUUGAAGAGUCCCAAGUUGAUGUGAUUGUUGAAAAAAUGGACAUAAACAAAGAUGGAAGCAUUGACUUUAACGAGUUUCUAAAGGCUUUCUAUGUAGUGCAUAAACUAGAUAACAUGCCAAGCAAACCAAGCACCGCACUUGACAGGAGGAGCCAUGAAUUUGUCUCAUUACCACGUGCCUCCUUAUAA